UUUUGUAUAACCGACCAUUGACAUCAAACUUGCCGAGAACGUAAAAUUUAUAAUUGUAGUUUUUCUUCAAAUUAAAACGAUUUGUUAUCAACAUACAAAAUGUCGAAAAUAGAGGAAGUAAGAGUUGAAAUUAGUGGCGAAAUGAAAGUUCCCAAUGAGCAACAAAAACUGCAAUUGGAUUUUAGCAGUUUAAGUAACUUUCAAAGAAUUCCAAGUCCCAUGGAUCUCAUACACAUGACAAGGAAAUAUAUACGCCCAUGGUCUGAGUUUAUUAAUACUUCAAAUUUCAAAACAGCAGCGAGUAUGCCACGUUUAACGAACCGAUUUGUGCGCAAUAUAAGUUACUUCCAAAGCAAUUACAUAUUUAUAUUUGUAUUACUGAUGAUAUACUGUCUAAUCACAUCGCCGUUAUUACUACUAAUUUUGGGUGCUGUGGUAUAUGGAUGCCAUAAAAUUAAGAAAGCUCAAAUACCUAUCACUAUUUUUGGACAGCAGCUGGGAACUAAUCAUCAAAUAAUGGUUAUUAAUUUUGCCUCUGUGCCAAUUUUGUACUUGGCAGGUGCGGGUGCCGCAUUGUUUUGGACAUUAGGCGCAUCUUGUUUCGUAAUCUCACUGCACGCUUUAUUCUACAAUAUUGACGCUAUUGUAACUGAAGAAAAUGAAGGAUUUCUUUCAGAGGUUGUGUAAAAAAUAUCACGUGUCACAUAAGGUUCUUUUACAGAAAUUAACCAUAGAGCGUUAAAAAUUAAUAAAUACCAAUUUUUUUAUACUUAAACACAA